AUGCCUCCCGCCAUGCACACCAUCCACACUCUCUCAACCUUUGCCAAGCGAAGCGGCACCAACUACUCUCUCUAUAUCAUUGCUAUUAUGGCUGGCUGCAUUGUUACCUGUCUCAUCGGCUUCUCUCUUUACAGCAUGUACGCUGGCCUUGGUGAAAACAGCCAACAGGGACUUGAGCCUUCCAACGAGCAGAGGAGAUAUAUGCGUGAGGUUCACCAGCGGAAUCUCAAUGAACUUGCUUUCAUAGCACGACGACCGGAUAUGAUUAUUCCAGUUCAUGAAAAGGACAUGAACUAUUGA